AACGCGCGGAAGUGCGCGCGCGCGCGCGAGCUAAACGCAGAGGCAGCUGUGCGCGCGCGCACUUCCGCGCGUAGUGUCGUGAACGCGCUCUCUGGAGGCGUUAAAAACAAACAUCUAGCGUUAGUUUGUUAUAUUUCCGGAGAACAUGGCUACUCGUAAACACAGAGGGAUACCUCUGAGCUCGCUCAAUCCUAAAUUUCUUCAUACAAACUCAACCAGCCAUACCUGGCCCUUUAGUGCUAUUGCUGAGCUGAUUGAUAAUGCUUAUGACCCAGAUGUUCGUGCCAAGCAAUUCUGGAUAGAUUGGACACGCAUCAAAAACCUGGACUGCCUCUCAUUCAUGGAUAAUGGAGCAGGAAUGACCAGAGCCAAACUGCAUAAGAUGCUCAGCUUUGGUUACAGUGACAAGAAAGCCAUGAGAGACCAUGUUCCAGUCGGUGUCUACGGCAACGGCUUCAAAUCAGGUUCCAUGCGCCUGGGGAAGGAUGCCAUCGUCUUCACUAAGACCAGAGACUCAAUGAGUGUAGGCCUGCUGUCACAGUCUUACCUGCAGGCCAUAAAAGCUCAGCAGAUCAUGGUGCCUAUUAUCACUUUCAGGCGGGAUGGACAAAACCUACCAGAGGAUGCAGCCAGUCUAGAUGCGAUCCUGAGACACUCACUGUUUAAUACAGUGAAGGAGCUGUUCACUGAGCUGCGUGCCAUCAGCACAGCCGGAUGCACCGGCACACGCAUCAUUAUCUGGAAUCUGCGCAUGACUACAAAUGGGGAGACAGAAUUCAACUUUGAUGCAGAUAAAUAUGAUAUUCAGAUCCGAGCAAAUGCUAGUGAGAGAACACGUGAGUGUCGAGCCAUGACACCCGAGAGUGACUAUUCAUUAAGAGCAUACUGUAGCAUUUUGUAUCUGAAGCCACGUAUGCAAAUCAACAUUCGAGGUCAAAGAGUGAAAACCCAGCUCAUCUCCAAGAGUCUUGCUUACAUUGCCAAUGACAACUACAGACCUUCAUUCCUAACCAAACGUAUUCGGAUCACAUUUGGGUUCAACACCAAAAGCAAGGAGCAUUAUGGUAUCAUGAUGUACCACAAAAACAGACUCAUCAAGGCUUAUGAGAGAGUGAGCUGCCAACGCAAGGUAGAGAGAAAAGGUGUUGGGGUCAUCGGUGUGAUUGAAUGUAAUUUCCUUCAACCGACUCACAACAAACAGGACUUUGAUGAUACAGAUAAAUACAGGAAAACCAUGCAUAACCUCAGCAUCAAGCUAGAAGAGUACUGGAACGAGAUCCGCUACAAGCAGAAAAAAGAGGACCCAAAAUGCACAGUUCCCAUAGAGGAUACAAUGAAAGUUCCGGAUCAAGUCUGGGUGCAGUGCGACAGCUGUCUCAAGUGGAGAAGGCUUCCAGAUGGUUUUGACUGCAGUCGGCUGCCUGAGAAAUGGUUCUGCAACAUGAACCAUGACCCACAAUUCAGGAGCUGUCUGGUAGAGGAGGAACUGGAGGAUCAAGAAGAGGAACAGAAGUCAUACCCAAAACCCUUCAAACGCCAGAAGAGGAACAGUAAGAGUCUACAGGAUGAUCAUGGGCCAGAGGUAUUAGAGAUUCCAGCCCUGGAAGGUCCUGUUAAUGCCAGACAACUGAAGAAUUCUGCAUCCUGUAAGCCAUCUCCUGCUGAUCAGUUCAGUAAUAGUGCGACCGGCCCCCUACUGUCGUCCACUUCUAAUGCUCAAAGAUCACCACUGCCUCUGAUUAAUCUCACUGCUCUCUCUGAGUCAUUGAAAAGGAUUAAAAGGAAACUUUCUACUGCUGAAGAAAUGCCUCCGGCAGUGCAUCCUAUGCCUUAUGCCUCUUUUCCUCCUAAUGCCCCGCCACAAGGUAGUAUCACGUUCAUUCACACACAUUCCAGUCUCGCACCAAACAAAGAAGAGAGCAAAUGGGAGGGGAUGGAAUAUGAGAAAAAUGCAGAUGCAGACAAACAAUUAGACAACAAGGAGGGCAGUAAGACAUAUCAGGAGCCUGUUCAGGAGGAGGAUGAGUGGCAUGCUGGAGAGGAAUCACCCACUGCAGAAACCCAGUACUAUAUAGCAGAGUCACACUCCAUGGAGGAAGUGGGAGAGGAACUGCAUGAUGAUAACGAGGAGGUGUGGAGUCUGCAGCAGCAGCAGGAUGAGUUGAUGGAGAUGAUGAAGCAGACGGCAGAGGAGAGGGAUGCGUGCAGGGAGGAGCUGGAGCUGCUGCGGGAUCACUGUACCGCCGUGGAGGAUGAGAGGAGUCAGCUCCUCAGCAAGCUGGAAAGGAUGGAGGAAGAGAAAGCCAGCUUGUCCGCCUUGUGUGACCAACUAAAGUGCAAAGUGGAAAGGCUGAAAAUAGAGAAGGAAGGUAGAUUGAGAGAAGAUGCCCAAAGUGGAGAAGAGAGGCAGAAGCUGAGAAAGCUGCGUCUCAACCUGGGCCGCCUGCUGGUCUCCUUCGUUCCCGAUCUCGACCUGAAGCAGGUGGAUUUCAGCAGUGACGUCAUUGACGAGCUUCUCGACCAGGUCUUAAAGGAAGUCACUUAAGGUCAAGUCACCACUGUCUUACGUGUUGGGUUUGCUAUUUCUUCAUGGUCAGUUAACCAUGAUAUGCCUGACGGCUCAUGGUUUCACUGCUGGCUAGUCAGGGUGAGAUCAUCACUAUAUAAAAAGUAUUAAUGAUUGUGGCCCAGCCUAGGCUUAGCAGACAGCAACACUGGUAAUAGGAUAUGUUUCUAAGUCAGUUUUAUUGCCUGUUACUGCCACCUAUAUCUAAGUCACUUGGUAAAUAAUAUGCAAGGCAUAAUCAUUGAAUGUAGUACAAUAUUACUAUAAAAAAUAUUUUUUAUAAUGUUAAUUGGUUACAAAUGUAUAAAUUUUUUUGAAUGAUAUUGUAAUAAAUAAUAUCAUAGUAAUAUUACUAAGAAUUCUUGUUACUGUUUUCAUUAUAUAUACUUUCAACUGAGCCAUCUAAUGAAAAGAAAUAAAAUCAAAGUGUUUACAAGUAA